CUCGAUUGUCUAUUUUUAAAAUAUUUAAUUAGGUAUCAAAUCAAUUGUCGAGAAUAGAACCAGCCAAUAAAAUUCUAGAACUUUAAUAGCAAAUAAAAAAUUAUCGCUUGAAUUGCAAUAACGAUUUGCCGAAGUGGUGGCGCCACAAAGUGACUUAGUGACGUACAGUCCCUCAUUGCAUCCAGCUGAUUCCAAGUGAGUCGGUGUAUAGUUCUUAAAAAUCCAGUGACUCGGUGUAAAUUGCGAAGUUACAUUGAUUCUUUUUAAAAAAAGCCUCUAAAACCGCGUUAUUAUUUUGAAACUAUCGGAAAAACAACGAGUAAAGUGCUGCAACUCAUUGAACAAGAAAACAACGUUCAUAACCUGCAAUUGCUCCAGGAUUCGCACACCCCAACUCAAGAAUCGCUAAGAAAUUCACCACAAACAAGACACCAUCCCCCAAAAAUUACAAAAAUUACAACUAUUUGUACAAUAGAAUCAGUCAACAAUCGAAAAGUGAUGGUCUUCAAUCACAAGCAAAUGCUAAACCCACGAGACCCAAUAGUGACAAUAAGUGAACGUUUUGCACAGUGGAGACAAAAUAAAGUGAAACAUCCACUAGUGACUACUCUCCACUAGCCCAAAAUUGGCUCAAAGCAUUGAGUUCAUUGAAUUCAUUGAAAAAUUCUAUCAAGAAUCCCUCCACUCUUAUUACAUCUUGUACAGUCAGAGCCUGUGUUAAAGUUAAUUACUUAACCUCUCAAUUAUCAGUGUGAGAAAAUCUUAAAACAAAUCUCAGAGAUUUUAUAACAAAUCAUAAUUCAAUAAUUUAAUUUCUUCAAAUCGCUCAACCUCUUGCAUUGAUAUAUAACAUUAAUCAUUAAUUAAACAAAACCACUCAACAAGUUGGGUAAUACAACAUAAUUUAAUAAUCUAAUUAAUUAAAAUGAGAUUAGUGGAUUCGUCGAAACUCAGUGAACUUCAAUAUAGGCCAUCACAUAUACGGAAUAUUUGCAUUCUGGCACACGUGGACCAUGGGAAGACGACAUUAGCAGAUUCCUUGGUAGCUUCCAAUGGAAUCAUCUCCAGUAAGCUAGCAGGAAAGCUUCGGUACUUGGACAGUCGUCCUGACGAGCAGCAACGAGGGAUCACCAUGAAAUCUAGCUCGAUUGCCCUUUAUCAUAUUCACCAGCAACAAGAGUACCUGGUAAAUAUCAUCGACUCUCCAGGUCACGUGGAUUUUGCCUCAGAGGUGUCAACAGCUGUUCGUCUGUGCGACGGUGCUAUCAUCGUGGUGGACGUCGUGGAAGGUGUAUGUCCUCAGACUAGAUCAGCAUUAUCAAUGGCAUACGUGGAGAAACUCAAAACAGUUCUGGUUCUGAAUAAAAUCGACAGAUUGAUAACAGAAAUGAAACUGGAACCUUUAGAUGCUUAUGUUCACUUGAAUCAGGUUCUUGAACAAGUGAAUGCUGUUAUGGGAGAGAUAUUUGCCAGUGACAUCAUUGAACGAGAGGAGAAAGAGGAUAUUAAUGAUCAGCAGAUGUUGCAAAAAACUGAUGGCUCCAGUGAUUGGCAGUCUGCUAUUUUGGAAACUGAUGAUUCGAAUCUUUAUUUCUCUCCAGAACAGGGAAAUGUCCUAUUCACUAGUGCAGCUGAUGGGUGGGGAUUUGGAAUUUCUAAUUUUGCGAAAAUAUUCUCGGAGAAAUUGGGAUUCAAUGAGAAAAUUCUGCUGAAAACUCUCUGGGGUGAUUAUUAUCUCAAUAUGAAGGCGAAAAGAAUAUUCAAAGGUGCACAGGAGAAGGCGAAGAAACCUCUGUUCGUAUCGCUGAUAUUGGAAAAUUUGUGGAUGUUGUACGAUAUUGUGACUGUCAGAAAGGAUAAGGAGAGAAUGAUUAGCAUGAUUGAAAAGUUGAAUAUUGCAUUAACGACUAGAGAUUUAAAAGCUACUGAUGUAAAGACACAACUGCAGGCAAUCUGCUCGCAAUGGUUACCACUAUCGAAAUCGUGCCUUGAUAUAAUCUGUGAUAGAGUUCCGGCACCUCUGGAACUUUCCCCAGAGAAGAUCGAGCGUCUCAUGAGCGGAAAUUCCGAAUUUUCUGCUCUGCCUUUACAAACACAAAAUUUAAAAGAAGCUUUUUUGAAAUCUGACUCUUCUCAACAAGCUCCCAUAAUAGCUUUUGUUUCAAAAAUGUUUCCAGUGGAACGUAAGAUGUUACCAGAAUUUAAAACGAAACCAUUAACACAAGAAGAGUUGGCUAGACGUCGAGAAGUUGCAAGACAACGGCAUGCCUUUAAAUUGGAACAAGAGCAUAAGCAGGAUUUGCCCAGGAACGAAAACCCAGAAGAGCCUUCAUCGUCUUUAUUAUCUCCAACUUCUUCAGUACCCCCAAAAAAUGUAGAAAAAACUGCAGAUCAGAUGCCAGACCAAGUCCAUGAGACUAUCAAUGAGAAUCCUCUGAUAGCUUUUGCAAGGGUCUACUCCGGAACACUGACAGAAAACUGUGAAGUUUUGAUUUUAGGCCCCAAGCACAAUCCUCGAAAAGUAUUGGAAAGAAAGAGAUCGGGGGAGCCAAUCGAUCCUGCUAAAUCUUUGAAAGAUCUCAAGUCGGGCUGGUACGUUACUAAAGUGAAAAUUCCAAAGCUUUAUUUGAUGAUGGGCAGGGAAUUAGAAGCAGUUACAUCAGUCCCAGCUGGAAAUGUUCUAGGUAUUGGGGGAUUGGAAGAUCAUGUACUGAAGACAGCAACAAUUUCUACAGACAUCAUGUGUCCAUCUUUCUCAGAACUCACUUCCUUGUCUGAUCCGAUUCUUCGAGUUGCAUUGGAGCCGAAACAUCCCAAUGAUCUCCAAACUUUGAUCAAUGGAUUGAAGCUACUGAAUCAAGCUGAUGCCUGUGCUACAAUGCACAUUCAGGAAACAGGAGAGAUUGUUUUAAAUACUGCUGGGGAGGUGCAUCUCGAGCGAUGUCUGGAGGAUCUCAAAACGAAGUACGCCAAUGUCGAAAUCAAUGUGUCAGAACCAAUAGUCUCAUUCAGAGAGACAGUGGUACCACCUCCAACAGUCGAUAUGGUGAAUGAGGCGAUUGAAAGGAAAAGUGACGAAGCAAUGCUCGAGUGUUGGACGGCUAAUCGUCAGUGUUGCUUUGAGAUUGAUGCCACUCCAUUACCAGAAAGAGUUACCAAAUUGAUCGAAAAUAAUUCAGAGUUGAUAAGGGAGCUGGAUUCCCAUUGGGAAAGAUUUGGAAAGGAGAGUGAUCAGUUGAAUCUGGGGGGUUUGACGUUGGAGGAGAUGCAGCUUGGAGAUAGAAAAAAAAAAGCUAUCGAGGGAUUGAAGCAGGGAUUAAAAGCAGCUUUUGACGAGGCUGGGUGGGAAGAUGUACUGGAUAAUAUCCUGUCGUUUGGCCCUAGAAAAUGCGGACCCAAUAUUCUGCUUAAUAGAACGGAUUACAAAAGAAGAGCAAUCUGGGAGUGGCAGUUCAAGGGAUCAAAUGAUCCCAGAGCUGCCUUCGACAGCAGCAUGAUAAAUGGCUUUCAAUUAGCUACACUGGCAGGACCUCUCUGUGAAGAGCCCAUGAUGGGGGUCUGUUUUAGUAUAAAAAAAUGGAAAAUUCAUGAUGAUAAAUUAUUAAGCGAAGGUGAAGGAAGUCAUGGACAUUUAGGUGGUCAGUUGAUGUCUGCGUGUAAAGAAGCGUGUCGUCGUGCCUUAAGUCUGAGAAGACCUCGAUUAGUCACUCCAAUGUAUUCUUGCAGUGUUCUUGUCAAUUCUGAUGUCCUUGGGAAGUUAUAUGCAGUUUUUGGAAGGAGACAGGGUCGCAUUAUUGCGGCUGAUAGCACUGGAUUUGGGGGACAGUUUCGGGUGCUUGCCACACUUCCUGUACCGGAGAGCUUUCAAUUAGCCAGAGAAUUAAGGACUCAGACAUCCGGUUUGGCAAGUCCCCAACUUGUUUUCAGUCAUUGGGAGGUCAUUGAGCAGGAUCCCUUCUGGGUACCCUCCACCGAAGAGGAAUAUCUUCAUUUUGGUGAGAAAGCUGAUAGUGCAAAUCGAGUGAAAAAGUACAUCGACGCUGUGAGAAGACGGAAAGGACUCGCUGUUGAUUCACAGUUGGUUACACGUGCCGAAAAACAGAGAACUCUUUCAAAAAAGAAAUGAAUCGUUGAUAAAUGAAAAAAAAA